GCAAGCAUAUCAGAUGAAUAAGACUGUUGACAUCCUCAAGGGCUGGUUCAGAUCGCUGCGCGACACCAAUACGCGCCUUGACAAAAAGAAAAGCGGGGAUAGUGCUCCAAACCUGACUAAGAGAGAACAGUGGAUCCUCUCAAAGUUUGCCUUCCUGAAGACUGUCACUCGCCACCGACCGGAGCCCAUGCAGAGUGUGAAGGAAACCAUCCAGCUUCACAGAGGAGAUCUCAAUGCUGCCGAGAGCGCCUGCGCUGAUAUGCAGGAUGUCUUAGAUGAAGUCACUCCAAUACCAUCAUCUACCGCUGGAAGGUCCCACAAGCGACCUCAGGACACAGAGAGUGACGUCCUUGAGACUCUACAGAAGAGAGUUGCUGAGUCUGGCACCAUCCUCAAAGACAUCUACAAAGCUAAACAACAGCCCAUUACAGCACGAAGUGUCUUUGCAAAUUAUGUUAAAGAGAGCCUUUUGACUAUGUCCAAGUCCAAGUACAAGAAGGCAAGGUCCUCCAUCAAUAGGUUAUUGUCUGAACUCAUGGAUGAGGACAGCGAUGAUGAAUUUCCAAGUGCAAUGGCGGCUCCAUCUAUCAAAGUGAACCAACAAGGGAUCCCUUCUCAACCACCCCACGAUUUGCACCCCACUACAAAGUCACCCGAACAUUACUAGUCUUUCAGGAUUUCGAGACAUCAUGGAAUCUACUGAUGCUAUUGGAU